AUGAUGACGAUACCAAGACUAGUCACAAUGGAUAGUAACUUAGAAAUACGUUACUACCUCUACAGUGGGUAGUAACAUAUGUGUGGUGUCAUGUAACACUUUAUUUAUUACUCCCCCUUUCCGGUUUAUAGGACUCAAAUCUGAAAUCUCAUCAACCAAGGCACAUGGUGAGUGGUGGAAUGUAUCUCGUGCUUUACAAAACCACUCAAACUAAAUUGAUGCAUUAAUUAGGAUUAAGUACACUGCAUGCAUGCUUGGCCACUAGAUGAGUAGAAGCAUUACAUGCAUUGGUGAGUUUUUCUUCAUUCUUGCAUGCGAAGAUUUAAUGCGCCUCGAAAUCUCAAAAGGAGAUGAAGAUGAGCCCUUUAAAUUGAAAAAAUGAAAAAUUUGAGAUAAGCCUUAUAAACCGGAAAGGAGGGAGUAAGUUGUAGACUCAUCUUGUCCUGGUAUGUGUGAUAUUACAGUGGGGAGUAGCUAUGUUAUCACAUGCCUCUCUUUCCUUAUUAAUUAUUGGUCACAUCAUCUGUUUUGCCUAGAGAUGUGUGAUGUUAUCACCUAUUUUAUUUCCAUGGUGGGUAGUCUAAUUGGGGCAUCAUUUUCAGAGUCCGGGCAGCCUUAGAGUAAGUACAAUAGACCUGAGUCAGCGGGCUAUAAGGAAUAAACUAGUAUAUUUUUGCUUAGUUUGAGGAAAGAGAAGAGGAGAGGGAAGGUAAACGGGCUCUUCAUGAAGAGCCAGCUCUAGCACGUGCUCCUAGGCACUUUGAAAGAAUGGAAGGUAAGACACAUAAUAAAAAAAUAGUACACUUUUUUGAUCUACUAUUGUACAUGUUGACUAUAAAAUGAGCUGUAAAUGACAUGGCACUGGCUUAUAACCAGCAGCUGGCUAUACUAUUGACCAUGCUCUUAGGGGAACAAAUGUGUUUCGUUGCCGACGUGUAGCAAAGGCUAGGUGGAUCCGUGAAAGGUCGGGUCGUGGAAAGGUGGUGGCCACUUUGUUGCGGUGGACGUGGAAAGGUGGGAGCUGUGUGACUGAAAUGGCUCUAUAAAUUCCGCAGCCAGCGACGCGGGAUGCAGCGGCACAAUUCAAAACAAGAGUUCCAAAGUAAAGCAGCUCAACUGCGCCAUGCAUGCAACUCGAACAUCCAGUCUCGAGCUCCAGGGUGAAAGCCUAGGUCUUCACCCAAAUUGAUUAAACCUGGCAAUGGUGAUGUUUCUACGUUGUUACCAUGUUGACAAAGUGUGGUAUUGCAAGCCCUAGAACCAAACAGCCCCUUACUUCUUGAUCCUUAAAAAAAAAAUUAGUAAAGGGACGUGGCGAUGAAGAAAAUGGCUCUAUAAAUUCCCAUGAGGUGCAGCCAACGACGAGGCAUGCAGCGGACAACUCAAAAGAAGAGUUUCAAACUAAAGCAGCUCAACUGCGCCAUGCAUGCAAACAAGACUUCUCCAGCGAAGCAGAAGGAGGGACGUGACAUCUCCGUGGACAUGUACCCGUUCAUACGCAAGUACAAGGACGGCAGCAUCGAGCGUUUCCUGCGCAGCCCAUUCGUGCUGGCGUCGCCGGAUCAGGGCGGCAACCGCGGGGUGGCGACGAGGGACGUCGUCGUCGACAAGGCCACCGGCGUGUCUGUGCGCCUGUUCCUCCCGUCCCGUGCCGCCGACACCGCAGGCAGGAAUCGGCUUCCCCUCGUCAUCUACGUCCAUGGCGGCUCGUUCUGCACGGAGAGCGCUUUCGGGCGGACGUACCACCGCUACGCGACCUCCCUCGCCGCCAGCGCCGGAGCCCUCGUCGUGUCGGUGGAGUACCGUCUAGCGCCGGAGUUCCCCAGACCCGCGGCAUAUGACGACGCGUGGGCCGCGCUCCAGUGGGCGGCGUCCUCGUCCGACCCAUGGCCGGAGUUCCCGCCGUACGGGGUGGACCGGCUGUGGCCGUUCGUCACGGCCGGCCAGGCCGGCAACGAUGACCCCCGGAUCGACCCUCCGGCCUCGGAGAUCUCAUCGCUGGCUUGCCGCCGCGUGCUCAUCGCCGUGGCCGGGAAGGACACUCUGCGGGACCGCGGCCUCGACCUGGCGGCCCGCAUGCGCGAUCACGACGCGCCGUGGCCUUGGAUGACGCCGGGGCGCCGCGAGGUGACGGUGGUGGAGUCGGAGGGCGAGGACCACGGCUUCCACCUCUACUGUCCGCUGAGGGCCACCAGCAAGAGGCUCAUGGGGAGCAUCGUGGAGUUCAUAAACCAGCAGCCCAGCUCGUCGCCUGCUAAUCCUAUGGUGCUCGGCGUGCCCACGACGCUGUUCAAGGACGUGUUUGGGUAUGGCACGACCAUGAAGUCCUGGGGCACACGGUCCAGUAUGGCACAUAACAGAGCACACGGUUCUGGCGCGCACGGUCCCGUAUGGCCAUCCAACAAAAUCUCAGUUCGACUGCCGAUGCCUGCUGGUAAAGCUCAUCACAAACAACAUCCAUUAUCUGCUGCGGCUCCGUGGGGUUGUGUGAUGAACAAGUUUUUCUAGAUGACGGCCAGCCUGAUCAACAUCCGUUAACUGCUGCUGUAUGGCAUGGCCAAGAAGUCCUGGAGCACACGGUCCUGUAUGCCCUUCUCCUACGUAUACUACACUAAAUAAAACACAAAGACUCUGCUACGUAGUACUCCAUUAAUUACUCUA